GAUGCAGACAGCAGAAGCUGCUUCCUGGGACUGCCGUGCAGAACUUUGGCUGCCACAGGUUGGCCGGCAAACAUGAGAAAAGAAACAGCGCUGACUCUGGCUCUUCUCUGGGCUUGGGUGGCGGGGUCCCAGUCCCUCGAAGCGGAAACCGCUAAAGAGUCCGCUGUGGCGGAAAGCCAGAAAUGCCCUAGCCCGUGCUUCUGCAGCUACGACGACUGCAACGAUGAGUUGAGCAUCUACUGCAGUUCUCGGAACCUCACGAGCAUCCCGGGAGACGUCCCCAGGGCCGUGCGGCUGCUUUGGCUGGACGGCAACAACUUCACCUCCUUGCCGGCUCUGACCUUCCGCAACCUCUCCAACCUGGAAUUCCUCAACCUGCAGGGCAGCCAGUUGAUGCUCAUCGAACAGCACGCCUUCCACGGCUUGGAAGGGCUGUACUCCUUAUUCCUGGAGCGCAACCGCUUGAAAUCGCUGGCCCCCAACAUUUUCCUCCACCUGCAGAACCUGGCCUCCUUAAAUCUCAACAACAACCAGUUUGCCAAGAUGGAAGAGGGGGUGUUUGCCGGGUUGUCCAACCUCUGGUACUUGAACCUGGGAUGGAACUCCUUGGUGGUGCUGCCCGAUAGAGUGUUUCACGACCUGCCCAACCUGAGGGAGCUCGUCCUGGCCAGCAAUAAGCUCCACUACCUGCAGCACCAGCUCUUCUACAGCCUCACGGAGCUGAGAGAGCUGGACUUAAGCGGGAACACCCUCAAGGGCAUCAAAGGGAACAUCUUCACGAAGCUGCAGAAGCUGCAGAAACUCUACCUGCAUCACAACCAAAUCAAUGCCGUCGCCCCCCGGGCCUUCAUGGGCAUGAAGUCCCUACGGUGGUUGGACCUGUCCCACAACCGCCUGACCACGCUGUUCGAAGACACGUUCUUUGGCCUCUCAACCCUGCAUGUUUUGCGCCUAUCGAGCAAUUCGAUUGCCGGCUUGAGGCCGAGGACCUUCCGAGACCUUCAGUUCUUGGAAGAGCUGCAGCUGGGGAACAACAGGCUCAGGAGCCUGGCCGAGAGGGGCUUCGAGAAACUCGGUCAGCUCGAGGUUCUGGCUCUUAACGACAACCAGCUUCAAGAGAUCCGAGCCGGGGUGUUCCUGGGCCUCGCCAACGUGGCCGUAAUGAACCUGUCGGGCAACUGCCUGAAGAGCCUCCCCGAUUUUGCUUUCCGGGGUCUCAGCCAGCUGCACAGCCUUCAUCUGGAGAACAGCUGCCUGAGCCGGAUCAGACCACAAAUGUUCUCGAAUCUCUCCAGCCUCCGGAGACUGUUCUUGCGGCACAAUGCCAUUGCCGUGAUAGAGGAUCACGGCCUCAGCGAUUUGCACGACCUUCUCGAUCUGGACCUGAAGAACAACAGGCUGACCAGGCUCCUCCCCAACCAGUUCGCAGGCCUGGGGAACCUGGAAUAUCUUCUCCUGUCCUCUAACCAGCUGCUGGAAAUCUCUCCCGAAGCCUUUGCCCCGCUUCGGCGCCUCUCCUGGCUUGACCUCUCCAACAAUGACCUGGAGACACUGGACGGGGAUGUCCUCGCACCCUUAUCGAAACUGGAGUAUCUGAACGUCAAGAACAACUCGCUCCAAACCUUCUUGGUGGGUUGGCUGGGCACUUCCCCCAAACUGGCUCAGUUGUGGCUAGAGAGGAACAAAUGGGAUUGCAACUGUUCCCUGAAAGGCCUACGGGACUUUGCUUUGCAGAACCCCACCGUGGUCCUGCGGUACACGCAGUCCGUCACAGAAGGGGACGCUCCGGUGUACUCGUACAACAACGUCACCUGCCUUAGCCCAGCAGACGUCAUGGGACUGGACCUGAGGGACGUCCCCGAAGACCAUUUUGUUGAUUGCUAACUACCCGUCUUUCCUUCCAAAACACGUCCUUCCUUUUUCUGCUUAGCCGGUGUCAGCCUCUGGUUUAUCCCUUCAUCCAUAACGUAAUGAGGUCGUGACUGUGCGGAACAGAGGCUCCUUCCCCGCACCCGCUCAACUUCAUCAUGCACGGGGGAAGAACAAAACAAUCUCUGGGUUUUGAUGGGGUGUCUUUUAGGCAAGUCUUUUUUCCUCACUAUCCCUGAGGACUGGUAGCCUACCGCUUGACUUGGCACAGUAUGACCUGAGCACUUGAACCCAAUUGUCAGCUAUCCCACAUGACAAUAUUGACCAAUAACAAUUUUUUAAAAAAUGGGUUGGGGGAAGAAAGAGAAUUCGGUGCUGCAAGAACACCGGAAAGCUACCUACCCCACAAAAGAAGAGCUUGACAGGGAAUGAAGCUAUCAUUUAAAAAAAGGUAGUCCCCUGUGCAAGCACCAGUCGUUUCCGACUCUGGGGUGACAUUGCUUUCACAAGGUUUUCACGGCAGACUUCUUACGGGGUGGUUUGCCAUUGCCUUCCCCAGUCAUCUACACUUUCCCCCCAGCAAGCUGGGGACUCAUUUUACCGAUCUCGGAAGGAUGGAAGGCUGAGUCAACCUCGAGCCAGCUACCUGAACCAGCUUCCGCUGGGAUCAAACUCAGGUCGUGAGCAGAGGGCUCCAACUGUAGUACUGCAGCUUUACCACUCUGUGCCACGGGGCCCUGAAACUAUAAUUAAGAAAUACUAAAAACCAGGCCUCAUUUUGAGCAGGAGUUCACAGGAGCGGAGCUUCAGAACCGCUCAAUGUUAUUGUGCUCUUUCUUUCUCCCCCCCCCCAAAAAAAACCCAUUGCAUCUGGGCUCCAUUGUUCAAACCCCCUAAAAUUUGACAAACUUUCUAAUAUUUUACCCCACCAAAAAUGGGGAAAUAACCGAAACAUAUAAAGCAGACAGAUGGAAAUCUUCAUCAUGCUACUGUGGCCACAUAGGAAAAGUAAAGAGUAUGGUGAGGUUUUAUGAUGAUUCCAAUUCCAGAAGCAUUUUAAGGUAGAUGCUGAGCUGAUAUAAUUGAGUCCAGCUCCUGGUGAUGUCAGGGGGUGGAGAUGGCAAAUGCGAGUGAGUUCUGCAAAUGAUUUGCGCUAAUGAGCUCCGGCACCUCUUUUUCUACAAAAUGACCCCUACUAAAAACUGUAAGAUUGUAUUGAGACACAAUAGGAGAAAAAGACUCACAAUAACACAAAAGAAAGAUACCCAAAUGUACAUGUAGCACAAUGCUAGAAAUAUCACUGAUGUCUCAGGAGGGCAGGGAGCUCUCUUCAUAAUCUGAGAACUUCCCAGUGGGAGACUGUUUGGAAUGAUCCUUAUUUGCAGAGCGUUGGGAUAAUGCAACAGUCUAAAACUGGAUAAGGACUGCAAAGACCCUCUCUGUUCAGAUCUGCACUUUGCUACGAACUCUGUAAAUCUGGGUAAAGAUAAAGGAAAGGUCCCCUGUGCAAGCACCAGUCAUUUCUGACUCUGGGGUGACGUCGCACCGUGACGUUUUCACGCAGACUUUCUACAGGGUGGUUUCCCAUCGCCUUCCCCAGUCAUCUGCACUUUCCCCCCAGCAAGCUGCGUAUUCAUUUUACCGACCUCAGAAGGAUGGAAGGCUGAGUCAAACUGGAGCCGGCUAUCUGAACCCAGCUUCUGCCGGGAUUGGUCGUGAGCCGAGAGCUUGGACUGCAGUACUGCAGCUUUACUACUCUGCGCCAUGGGGCUCCUUGUAAUCUGGGUACACAGGGCUUUUUUUGUAGCAGGAACUCAUUUGAAUAUUAAGCCACACCCCCUGAUGUAGCCAAUCUUCCUGGAGCUUACAGUAGGCCUUGUACUAAGAGCCCUGUAAGCUCUUGGAGGAUUGGCUACAUUAGGGGUGUGCGACCUAAUAUGCAAAGGAGUUCCUGCUACAAAAAAAAGCCCUGUGGGUACCGAUUUAAGUGCAAGAUCUCAGGCCAGCUCUCGAGCUUAACCUACUUUGCAGGAUUGUUAUGUGGACAAAAGGGGGCAGGGAAUGAUAGAUGCUCUUUUGGGAUUCUUGGAAGACGGGUGGUGUAAAUAAAAUGGAAAAUAAUGGUU